GUCUGCUGCAGAAGGUGUCGCCAGAUACUAGCACUAUCAACACAGAUAUUGGAACACGAAGUGCCAUCUUCAGACUCCAAACAGUCGAGGUUUGGCAAAGGCUCCAGCUCCAGAAAGAGUACCACUAACCAUUCUGCGUCGUCAAACACCUGCUUCCACUACUUUCUCAUCGAACCCUUGAACUGGAUGAAGGACGAGCUUGUUGGCAAAGCAGAGCUUGAGGGAAAAUUGUUGUGUCCCAACCGCAAGUGUCAGAACAAAAUUGGGGGCUACAAUUGGCAUGGCUCCAGAUGCUCCUGUGGAAAGUGGAUUGUGCCUGCAAUUCAGUUGCAAACAGCCAAAGUUGACAAGGUCCAGAUGUUCGCUCUUCCU